AGAUGACAUUAACACGUGCUGUCAUAUCUUUCUCGCACCAUACCAAAAUGAACAGAGCUUACACUUUGCCCUGAUAGGAGUGACUUGUUAAUCAGUUAGGCGGACAGAGAGAUUAUUUCUGCACACUAAAGCAUUUACAUGCAAAAAUGGGGUCCAAAGGAAUACUCUUAAUACUAGCUGGAGUCCUCGUCGCUUAUUAUGUUUAUUCACCAAUUCCGUAUGAUAUUGAAGAGAGAUGGAAGCUGAUGAUUACAGAUUCUUUCUUCAGAAGUCUUAGUAACCUGGCAGAGAUCAGUGAGCUUCUUGGUCUGAAGCAUUACAUGGGUGUGAUGAUGUUCCUCACCUUAGCUGAAGAGGUUGUUCCAGCAUCUGAUGACAAUGUGAAAGUUACAGAUGCUUUGUUUUACGAUGUACCGGUUGUUGUAUAUGAACCCAAGAGAAAAAACAAUGGGGAACUCAACAGGGCUGUCAUCUUUAUACAUGGUGGGGGCUGGUGUUUAGGCAGUGCAAGAAUGGGACCUUAUGAUCUUCUAUCCAGAAGGACUGCCAAGGAACUGAAUGCUGUUGUUGUAUCUGUAGAUUACCGGUUGGCUCCAGCGUACCAUUUUCCUGUUCAGUUUGACGGUGUUUAUAAUGUGGUAAAGUACAUUGUACAAGACCAUGUCUUGAGCCAGUACUCUGUGGAUGUUAACCGCAUAGCUGUUUCAGGAGACAGCGCUGGUGGAAAUUUAGCUGCUGCAGUAGCACAACAGCUUCAAGAAGAUCCAGAAAUCCAAGUUGAUCUGAAGGCACAAGUAUUGCUGUACCCAGCGCUUCAGGCCCUGGACAUGAAUACACCUUCGUACCAGCAGAAUAAGUACAUGCCUAUACUGCCAAAGACAUUAAUGGUCAGGUUUUGGAGUGAAUACUUCACCUCUGAUUUAUCCCUCUUUCAUGCAAUGAUGAGUAACAGCCACAACACUUUGGAGUCUGCUCAUUUAUUGAAGUUUGUAAACUGGAGCGUUUUCCUGCCUGAGAUCUUCCGAUUGAAGUACAAUUAUACUAUGCCAAGCCGCAAGAGCUCAGACCCGUCAGAAACGAUCUCAUCCAUCACAGACCCCAGAGCUUCUCCCCUGCUAGCUGACGAUGUGAAAUUGCAAGUGUUGCCCAAAGCCUACAUUCUGACCUGUGAGUAUGAUGUGUUGAGGGAUGACGGUAUCAUGUAUGCCACAAGGCUAAGAAGAGCAGGAGUGCAGGUAACGCUUGAACAUUUUAAAGACGGCUUCCACGGGGCGAUGAUGCUCACUACGUGGCCAACCAGCUUUGAAGUUGGACACAGAAUGGUAAACAGUUACAUUAAGUGGUUAGAUAACAAUCUAUAAACUAGAACGGUUUCAAAAUAAUUCUGCUGAAGAUUAAUUAUUGUUACUAAAUGGCACAACUAUAAACCAAAAUAAACCCCUCAGUUCAUGGAAUGGAUUUUUUAAUUUUCAAAUCAAGCUACAUACAAAAAACAAACAAAAUAAAAAUAUGUAGACUGCAGGUCAAAUGUUGUCUACUCUAAAAAAAGUGGACCAAGCCUAUUUGGAGCUAUGACCCACCCAUCUCUUCAGCGGUUCAUACUUUUUUUGUUGAAGUUUACAGACUUGCUAGACACCUCCAUCUAUGUGCUUGUGACAUAUUUCACUAUUAGAGCAAAUUCAAACUAAAAAUGUAUGCAUGUCUAAUUCAUCAGAAUCUGAUGCCCUAAAUAUUCAUAUACAGUAGUUUUGCUUUAUCUAUAACUUUGCCAUGUUUUCUAAUUACAAUUCAUGGCAUACAGUAUAUUAUAAAACACACAAGAGAAUGUUCCAAAACAAUAAAAAGAUAUAUUUGCUGCAGCUUUGCCAGGCAUGCAAUCCAGUUCCUUCUUGCAAAUACAAUAUUGCUGUAUACAUGGGCUGUGAACUUUGGUGUUGGCUCAGUGAGGUCACACUUUGAGGUGCUUCUCUAUCCAGCGAUGCAGAUUUCAAAGCUGUCACAUAGUGAAUGUGAAUGCUGCCCCCAAACUACACUCCAUUAAUUUCCUACGUACACAACAGUGAUCAUUAAAUAUUUAAUGUCUGAGCGCUUGUCAGAUCUAAUAUUUUAGAUGUACAGAAGGGCGCAAAAGAAUGAGCGGAUUUUGCUUAUUGGCCCAACUCUUCAAAUUCUCCAGAAUGGGCUAAUCACAUAGAACUUUGCACCAUGGGUUUGUGACAACAUUGGGCCACACAAUAGUUUGUUUAUUUAUGUGGGUGGUGGGAAACUGCAGGGUUCUUAUUAGGCCCAAGUUCCCUUAUUUUUUCCAGAUUAAGGGUACAAGAAAGCACAUUAACUUUUCCUAAACUGGGGGAACUGGUGGUGAAAUAAGCAGAAAUUGGAGUGUCUUGCGGUUUAAUCUAAAAAAGUAUUCAGAGCUGCCAUUACAAUUAGGCUUUCUUCUUGAGUAAGUGCUAGAGAUGAAGGGGUUUGUCAAAAAGUUAUUUAUGACUUGCUUCAGGCCCUAAACUCUCUGUCUUUCACUGUGUUCCAUUAGAAAGCUGGAAUGUUGACAAUAAAAAGCUUUUGAUGAAGUAUUUAUCCUGCUGAUUUUGCCACCGGUUGAUGUAAUGUAUGUUCUUGUGCCCAUCAUCUUUAAGAUCCUGUAAGGUGCUAGGGCCUACUACCAGAGCAAGGAUACAUUUGAAGAUUUCCCUAAGCUUGUUCUAAAAUGUUUGUCGUCAAAAUGGGGGCGUGGAUUUUUGUUAAAAUAAUUUUUGUUGCAGAAUUGUUUGUAAACAUUUAGAAAGUCUGUGUCUCAGAAAUUUGUCUGAAUUGCCAGAAGGGGCACAAAAACUAGUUUAAAAAAAUAAAAUCAGUGCAACUUGGCAUUGUACAGCCUUGCUGCGCAUUACCCUGCUGUAAAUUAUUGCUAUAGCUGCUCAACUAAAUUCCCAAGCUGUGGCAACUGUGGUGUUCUAUUGAUCUAAUGAUGUACACAGAGGUAGAUCUAAACACACACUAGUGCUUUGCUUCAUUGGUCAUUUUUUGACCCUUUAAUUUUACACCCAUACAAAUACAGAAAGAAAACUCAGUAAACAAAAUGCUACAGUACUGUCCAAAAACACUGUAGCUUCCCGGCAUACAGUACUGUUUUGAGAUGGUACUGUAAUAUUCUUUAUAGGAAAGUCCAUGUUAGAGUGGCCUUACAGUGGUGUAGAGAGACGAUCUUGAGAUCUACCCCUGUUUGGAUCUUCAAAUAGUCUUAGUCAAAUCCACAAACACACGAAGAGACGUUAAGAUUUUACAUGUGCUGUUUUUCUAUUUUUGAAUGUUGUAUCACAUCUUUUGUUUAUGUGUUUUUUUUUUUUUUUAUACAGUACUUGGUCCUUAUUUUGUGUGUACAGAUUUCUUAGGACCAGGGAACGUUUUUCUUCUGAUGUUUUUUUUUUUUUUUUUUACCCGGGGUUGGCUGGGCAGGGUUUAAUGUUAAGUGAAAAUACUCUGUUUAAAAGUAAUAGCAUGUCAAUGUUCUGCCUACCCCAAGAACAGAGGAGGUUAGAAACAUGUGGAAUAUUGUGGAGCUCAUGUGACCUGUUGUGUAUUCUGUUGCAUUGAGAAACUUUCUGGAAAGAGGUUUCUAACCCAUUCUAGAACUCCUGCCGGUAAGCUCUGUAGGUGGGCAACAACUUCCAGAGACCGAUAGCCAGAUGUUUUCAUUUGUUGUACAGCUACACAUAUUGAAAUAAAUGCUGUUUUAUGUUUACUUCUUCA